UGCAAGUCAAAUCAAAAAUAUUCACGUCACGAACGCUGAGUUGUCAUCACGGCUCACGGGUGCUCGUUACGUCAAAUCAUGAUUUGAGUUCCUAAAUAUUUUAUCUUCUACAGUAUUUUAUAUUUAAUUUGUAUAAUAUUCAGUUUAAUAUAAUAUAACUUUUAGUAUUAUUAAAAUUAAGGUCAGUUCACAUUUUCAAUCGGAGAUAUAAAAAUUUUGGCAUUCAAAGUUCUUGAAAGUGAUAGUUGGUUAGAACUGAUUUGUACUUUGAGAAGAUCUUCGUUAGUGUGUAGUAUAGUUGCUUUAACAUCAUGGACCAGAGUGGCAUAACCCCGAACACUUCGAAUCAGCAGCUUGUUAUAAACAGUGAUAAUGAGUCGGCGACCGCGCUGCUGCAGGAGAAGCAGAGUAGAAGAAGAGAGAAUCUAAAUGAAGUAUCCUUGACCGAAUACAUGACUGUCGGAAUAUUGUGCUUCGUCAACCUUAUCAACUAUAUGGACAGAUUCACCAUUGCUGGUGUUCUGGUUGACGUCAAAAAAGAGUUCGAAAUCGGAGAUGACAAAGCUGGGUUUCUACAGACAGUGUUCGUGGUGGCGUACAUGAUCUUCGCACCAAUUUUUGGGUAUCUUGGGGACAGGUACUCGAGGCGUGUCAUCAUGUCAUUUGGAGUGGGACUAUGGAGCAUGACCACAUUAUUAGGAUCUUUCGCACACGACUUCGCACUUUUCACAUUUUUCCGUGGUUUGGUGGGUAUCGGGGAGGCUUCAUACUCAACGAUUGCACCGACCAUCAUCAGUGACCUAUUCGUCGGCAAUAUACGAUCAAAGAUGUUGGCGUUCUUCUACUUCGCUAUACCCGUUGGAAGUGGUCUCGGCUACAUCGUGGGAUCAUUAGCGGGGGCUGCGGCCGGCAACUGGCGAUGGGGUCUUCGUAUCACACCCAUUCUUGGAGCUGCUGCCUUAGUACUUAUUUACUUCUUUAUGCAAGACCCCCCUCGAGGACAUGCUGAGGACAGCCAAAUGAAACCCACCUCUUACAGCCAGGAUGUCCGAGCUCUUAUUAGAAACCCAUCUUUUAUGCUGUCGACGCUCGCGUUUACAUGCGUAGCGUUCGUGACAGGCGCGCUCGCGUGGUGGGGACCUCAGUUCAUAUUCCUGGGACUUAGCAUGCAACCUGACGUAGAUGUUAGCAUUGGCAGGGUGUCGCUAACGUUCGGCGUGAUCACGAUGGUGUCGGGGCUGCUGGGCGUGCCGCUGGGCGCGUGGCUGGGGUCGGCGCUGCGCAAGCGCUGGCCGCGCGCGCACCCCAUCAUCUGCGGCCUGGGCCUGCUCAUCUCCGCGCCCGCCAUGACCUUAGCCAUAGUUCUCACCGAGGGCUACUACAUAGCGCCGUUCGCCCUUAUGUUUUUCGGAGAAAUCGCUUUGAAUCUCAACUGGGCAAUAAUAGCCGAUAUGUUGCUGUAUGUGGUGAUACCGCCAAGACGGUCUACAGCGGAAGCUUUCCAAAUCCUGAUUUCACACAUGUUUGGCGAUGCUGGAAGUCCUUAUUUAGUCGGUGUGAUAUCGGAGAGUUUAAAAAUAUCGUUGUCACCUGUACAUGAUGAGGCGCCGACACCGUUAGUGGAGUUCAAGGCGCUGCAAUACGCGCUGUUCGUGACGUGUUUUGUUGAAGUCAUAGGAGGCAUAUUCUUCUUAUUAACUGCGAUAUACAUCGUCAGAGACAAAUUAAGAGUCGAGAGAGCUAUUGCCGUUGCUUCAAAAAUAGUGUAGAGUAGCGUGGUAGAAGCGGAAGCGCAGUCUGCCGAGCCUUCGCAUAUAUCAGCUCAAGAGGGCGUAGGAGGGGGUGAAUAAGAAAAGAGUACGCGUACGUUGGAUAAAAUUACCUCCGUGACUAAAAAGUGAGAGCAGAGUGAAGGACACUUUGGGACAGUAAUAUGUCCCAGUGAAAUAACUAUACUUAAAUCCCUCUUUGUAAUUCAACGCCUUUUCAUGUUUGAACGUCUGACGUCAUCAGCUACUUAAUGUUAUUGUUCAAACGCUAAUCGUUCAUCAACAAUAUUAUAAUCUAUCGACGAUCACUUCGCGAGUCACUUCUGGACGAGAUACUUAACGGGGAGAAUUAUAGUAAUUUUAUUGCAUAUUAUUUUAUAAGACUGAGUCGUAAGGCAUAUUGCUUAAAGUGGGUUGGUUAUGUCAUAAUGGGAAAACGACUGUGUGAUUGUAAGUAGUUAGAAACUAGGCAUCACAGUAGCAACUGUUACAUAUUUUAAUUAAAAGCCGUUAAAACUAAUAAAUUAUUGCAAGCUGUUUUCGUUCUUAAAUUUAAUGUAUAGAAUUGAUCAAUUGAAGUUCAUAUUUAAUAUAAAUUAAUUCAUUUGUAAUGCAUAUUCUGUGUCGAUUUGUAAUUACCUCAAUUGUUAUGUUAGCACAUAUUUAUUUAUGUUAAAAUAAAAUAGCACUUAGUGAUUUAUCGAAACGAAAUAAUGUCCGUAUCGAGCAGUGUUCUAGUGUGAACAUAUUCAUGCAGUUUAACAUUAAUUGUCAUUUAGAGUUCCUAAUGAAUGUUGUACGUACAAUGCAACAUUAGAACGUUGUAUCGUGACUAACCGAACUUUUUGUUACUAUCUGUUUUAUGGAUACGACAGAUUGUUCCCAAUAUAUUUAGUAUGUUUUAUAGUUUGUUCGGAAGUACGCGUCUGUAUGCAGUUGGGUGUUCUGUGGAGUAUCUUUGAUGAAGACUUAGUUACAACUACAUCUAUCGUGUAUAAAUUAAGUAAUGCAAAAACUAGUUAUUUGAUAUUUAAGGUCACAUUAGUGUUUACUGCAUCAAAGAUGCUCGCACUACAAAGAGCUUUCACCAUAACUGAUACAGGCCAGAUAGUGUUUAUGUUUUUUAUUAGGAAUUGAACGAAUCAUGUGUGUAAUUUGUAUUAAGUUAUUAAUUAUAUUUACUAUUGUUCCAAGCAUUUCUUUGUAGAAAGACAAAGUUAAACUGUAUUGAAUAUCAUAGAAGACUGAAUAAAUUUAAUUUUUGUCUAAAUUUUUUCAAAUAUAAAUAAAUAAAUAAUAAUUGCAUUAAUUGUGUUUGUACAUACUAGUGUACAUAGCAUCUCAUGGAAUUUAAAUAAAAAGAAUAUAAUUUAUUUUUGA